AUGCUCGGUGACUGGUGGUUGUCUGGUCUGGCCGUGAUUGCGCUCGUUGGGCUUCACAUCACCUUCGAUCAAUCCAGACGCAGGAAAGUCUGGCGGGGAAUAAGUCUUCGGAGCCGCAAAACGUCAGCUGCUGGAACGCCUCCAAGAUCCGUGUCACCGGAUAAGAAGCCGGUGAUCGGGUCCGCGUCCCAAGUAAACUAUGCCGAUGUUUUACCACCACAGCGUCGGCAGGCCCUCGCUGCCUUGCCAGAGAGCUCGGCACAGUUGGAAGAGAUUGACAAAGCCGGAGUCAGACAAUACAUUCUGCCGAUGACAAUGGAUUACCGAAAUUGCCAAGAACAAAUGUAUACUCCGACAGGGUUCUCAACAGAAGAGAUCAAAAAGUUAGGAGACUUCCCGGACUAUGCAGCCCUAAGUGGUGUGCCUCUGCCCCAGCCAUACCAUAAGUUUGUCAUUGACAAGGCCCUACCGAGACCAUAUCGUCCGUUCCGUUGGACAUACCAUCAAACCAUGUCACUAACGAAAAUGGAAACGGACUGGUGGAUUGAGCUCGAAUCCACUUACAAAACUCGAAUCGCGCAACGCAAGGAAUUAUACGCCAAACACGGCUCAUCAGUCCUCGGCUAUCUUCCAGGCUCUGAAUUAGCCUGCAAGGAAUUGAUGGAAAUGGUCUUGCAGUUUCUGUGCGCCCGGUAUCCUCAGUACUUCUCGCUAGAGAGCAAGAGGAUAUUCAAGAACAGAAUCCUCGACACCGAGCAAGACAUCAAAGCCAAACAUCCUUUGGAGAUCCUCCUCGACAAUGUGCCCGAAGACUUUGCGAUCAUGCUGCGCGAUGAGGAGACAGGCUUCUAUUUCCUCCGCGCGGCAGUGGUUUGCUCUGCUCUGGGAUGGAAUGUUGGACUGAAAAUAGGACUUCAGCUCCAUCAAAUCCAUGGGGAGAUCCCGGACUAUAAGGAAAAGAUGCAGUUCUCUAUGGAUCGGUUCUUCGCCAAAAUGCCAACAGACAAACCAAUCCAGAGAGGGUCCUGGGGUCUAGAAGUCGGACAGCCUUUGUAUAUGCCCCCGGGGGAUCCUCACGAGAAACUUCGUCUGUCUCAAGACCCUAGCCUGCAGUUGGCCGAUUGCAAUCUGCGAGUGGAUUGGCAGACACUGAGACGUCUGCCUCUGUCGGCAGCGGUCGUCUUCAAUUUCAAGGCACUAUUCACGCCCGUGUCCGAAUUCUGUGAUGAACCAUGCAUACCAGCCUUGAUAGCCAAGAUCCUCAAAGAAGGAAAAGAAAAUCUCAUGAAAUAUAAGAAUACAUGGCAUGUGGAGCAUGUCGUGCUUCCGAAGCUUGAGGAAUGGGCUAAGGAGCAGGAGGAUAAAGGUCUCGUAGACAAAAAUUGGCAAGUGGCUACAUUGGACGAGAGCCCUUGGUUCAGGAACUGGGAGGACAAGUGGCAUCGCCAGCAAGGGUUUUGA